CAGACCGGUUCGCCGUUCGCUAGAAUCCUCAUUCAUCAACUUUUGACACAGCUAUCGUUUGGCUACCUCUAAUUAAUUAACCAUCUCCCGCGAGCGACAAAGCAAUGUCCAAUACAUCUUCGGGCGAGUCGACAAUGCCGACAGCUUCUCAGUCCAAGAUCUCCGAAAGUCCUCUAUUUCGGGAACUUCGCGAGUCGGUCGCAAAGGAGACGGUGGCCUUCACUUUCGCCUGCGGCGGCACUAUCCCUAUCGUGUCCAGCCCGCUCGACACGGCCGAAGAUGUCGAUGGCGACAAGCUCCGGGCCACGGAAUGCCUCCCCAUUGACCUCCGAUGGGACCCCAACGAUGAGUCGGUCUUGUCGUCCGAGACCAAGCUCACGUUUCCGCUCGAGCCUAACACCGAGAAGAAUCUGGACCGGCUCAUCAAGGACACGGUGCCCGCUACUUUCGGCCUCGGCGGCGAGCAUGUUUACGACGAGUCCUACCGCAAGGCUACCAAGCUCGAUCCGACCCGCUUCUCUUCCACCUUCAACCCCUAUGAGCUCGGCAUCAUCGACGCCAUCGCCCAGACCCUCUUGCCGAGCCUGCGCCACUCGAAGCAGACCAGAAGCGUCAAGGCCGAGUUGUACAAGCUGAAUCUGUAUUCUGGACCGUCCGGCAAGUUCAAGACGCACGUCGACACGCCGCGCUCUCCCGCCCAGUUCGGCUCCCUCGUCGUCUGCCUCCCCGUCGAGCAUCGUGGCGGUGCCCUGGAGGUGAGACACAAGGGCAAGACGGUCACGUUUGACUGGAGCAACUCCGAAGGUGACGACAAGGGUCCGUCCAUCGGCUGGGCCGCCUUCUACAGCGACUGCGAGCACGAGGUUCUGGAGGUGACGCACGGCCACCGGCUCACGCUCACCUACAACCUCUUCUGCGUCCGCGGCAACGGCCAACUGGGCGGCAACUACCCCUGGCUUGACCCCACGCAUCUGCCGCUGUACAAGACCAUCCGCUCCCUGGUGCAAGAACACGAUGGUUGGCGUGAUGGCGGCUAUCUCGGAUAUAACUGCAGCCACGUGUAUCCACACACCAGCAAAACGAACCUCAACUUCCUCGCCCCCGACAACCUGAAAGGUGCCGACAUGCUCAUGUACGAGAUCUUCCGGUCCCUCGGCCUGAAGGUCAGUUUCCGUCCCGUCGUGACGGACCUCCGCUAUUACGAUCCUGAAACCGGCGAGGACGCGGCUCCGGUCGUUGGCCUGAAGCUGGAAUGGACAACGUGGCGCUUCCCCCGCGACAACGUCGAGGAGGAAUACGACAAAUGGACCGGAAAGGUGUACAGCAACCGUCGGAGGUAUUAUUGGCGAAGCGACUCGGAGUCGGAAUCAGAGCCAGAACCAACGCGGGAGCCGGGCUAUAUCCGUUUCGAGGAUGUACACUGGCUCAAUAACUUCGGACAUAAGGAGCCACAGAUUUCCUGGGUUGCCCACGGAAAUGAACCUGCAGGCGUGACGACCUACUCUUGCUGUGCCAUCAUUGCCGAGAUUCCUUCCCGUGGCAGCCAGGAAACCGGCAACAAAACCGUACAGUCCCCGUAAAGCGGGAUGUCUAAAAGAUGUUUCAACACGAGUUACCUGCGAUGGACUGAUGGUGAAGUUUUAGUUGCUUGGUCGUUUGCGGCAGAAAGGGGGAGGGUUCCUUACUUGUCAGAAGCGACUAAGCUUCUGGGGAAUUAGCCACGAGCGAUGCACGCCACUUUGCAUGCUCAUCAGCACACGGAUCAUCUUUGUCUAUUUAUAUCGCUCUUUCUCUCCUUUAUAGAUAGUUUAACAAGGCACUCUUUCUGUUCCUUCCUUGCCACUACUCUCAACGCCUCCCACACGCUUAUUCGAGCU